AUAGUUCGUUAGGACGUGUAAAGCGCUGCGGAACAGACAGUGUUCAGACAGUAGUGCGUACACAAUGUAUUUAAUGAUAAUAUUGUCCUUUACGAUAUUUUUGUGUGUAAUACAUUUGAUAUUUAAUUAUAAUGGAAAAGCCAGAGAACUAAAAAAAAUUCCAGGACCACCAGACCGAUUCAUAAUAGGAAAUUUACCUGAAGUUUUAGUUUCUGCAGUUGAUUUAAUGAAAUUGGCAAGAAAAUAUGCAGAAACAUUUAACGGUAUAUACAGGUUCUGGGUUUUUCCUUUUUCAUUUGUCAAUAUAUAUAACCCUCAGGAUAUAGAGAUAUUACUGUCAGGUAUGAAGUAUCAUGGAAAGAGUGAGGUUUACAAAUUUUUGAAACCGUGGCUUGGCGAAGGAUUAUUAAUAAGUCGAGGUGACAAAUGGAUGAAACGUCGAAAGAUUCUAACACCUGCAUUUCACUUCAACGUUUUGCGAAAGUUUUGUGGUACUAUACAAGAGAACAGUCAGCGAUUGGUGGAAACACUGGAAAAAGCCGCAGGAGAAACUAUUAACGUGGUGCAUGUCAUCUCCGAAUUUACACUCAACUCUAUUUGUGAAACGGCUAUGGGCACCCAAUUAAACGCAGAAACGACAGACGCUGGAAAAGCUUAUAAAGACGCCAUAUACGAACUUGGACAUUCACUAUACAAAAGAUUUAUAACAAUAUAUAUGUAUUAUGAUUUUAUAUUUGCUAAAACGAUUGAGGGACGAUCAUUUUAUAAGCAUUUAAAAGCGCUACACAGUUUCACACAACGUGUUAUUGUUGAUAGAAAAAAGUAUGUAGAACAGCAUGGAAAUACAUUUAAUGAAAAUCAAGUUGAUAACGUUAAGAAAACAACCAUGUUAGACAUGCUUAUAGCAGCAGAAAAAGAUGGCCGUAUUGACAGCAAAGGUAUUCAAGAAGAAGUUGACACGUUCAUGUUUGAGGGUCAUGACACUACUGCCGCAGGAUUAUCGUUUUGUUUAAUGUUGCUGGCGAACCACAGUGACAUACAGGAUAAAAUAGUAGCAGAAUUAAAAGAAAUAUUUGGCGAUUCAACUCGUCCUGCUAACAUGGAAGAUUUUUCCAAGAUGCGAUAUUUAGAAUGCUGUAUCAAAGAAUCUCUACGACUCUAUCCACCGGUACAUUUCAUCAGUCGCGAUAUUCACGAAUCCGUUAAAUUGAGUAACUACACAGUUCCAGCGGGAACGAUAUGUCAUAUUUUUAUUUAUGACUUGCACCGCCGCAGUGAUUUGUAUGAGAAUCCCUCGGUUUUCAAUCCCGAUCGCUUUUUGCCCGAGAAUAGUGCCGGUCGUCAUCCUUACGCUUAUAUACCUUUCAGUGCGGGACCUAGGAACUGUAUAGGUCAAAAAUUUGCAAUGAUGGAAAUGAAAUCAUCAAUUUCAGAGAUACUACGAAAGUUCGAAUUACAGCCAGUAACUACACCAUCAGAUAUAGAGAUUACAGCUGAUUUAAUAUUGAGAAACGCGAAACCUAUUGAAGUUAGGUUUGUGAAGAGGCUAAAUUAUAGAGUUGAUAUCAUGUUUGUGAUAAUAGCAAUAUUUGCUCUGUUCUUGUGUUUAAUUCAUAUUUUAUUUAAUAACAAUAAAAAAGCACGUCUUUUAAAACAAAUACCCGGCUCCAAAUAUAAUUUUAUAAUUGGAAAUGCAUUGGAUUUCUUAAAAUCUCCAGAACAAUUAUUUUAUUUUAUGAGAGAAUAUUAUGAGACGUGGAAACCGUUGAAUAGGUUUUGGGCGUUUCAAAUUGCAUUUGUUAAUGUUUACGAGCCGCAUGAUAUAGAGGUCGUAAUUUCAAGUACAAAGCACAAUGCAAAGAGUCCACCGUACUAUUUCUUGAAAAACUGGUUACGUGAUGGGUUACUGUUGAGUAAAGGUCCCAAAUGGCAAUCCCGUAGAAAAAUACUCACACCCACGUUCCACUUCAACAUUUUACGUCAGUUUUGUGGGAUUCUGGAAGACAACAGCGAGCGCUUGGUGCAGAAUGUCGGCAAAUCAUUAGGAAAACCUGUCAAUAUUAUACCUACUAUUUCAGAGUAUACUCUGUAUUCCAUUUGUGAAACCGCAAUGGGUUCUCGCCUGGGUGAAGAAAGUAAAGAAUCGCAGAAGUCAUACAAACAAUCUAUCUGCGCACUCGGAAGACAAUUUGUAUACAGAAUUACUCGAAUUUAUUUGCAUUCAGAUUUCAUUUAUAAUUUAAUUACGUUCGGAAAAGUAAAAAAAGAUUUGGACGUUGUUCACAAUUUUACUACAAAAGUCAUCAAAGACAGAAAAGAAUAUGUUGAAAAAUACGGUAUUAAUAUGUUUGGGGUUAGUGAUAUUGACGAUAAUAAUGUUUACAAGAAAAACAAAAAGAUUGCAAUGUUAGAUCUUCUUAUAACAGCACAAAAAGGAUUUAUUGACGACAUCGGAAUCCAAGAGGAAGUGGACACGUUUAUGUUUGAGGGACAUGAUACUAUUGCACUUGCCUUGACUUACACUUUGAUGCUACUUGCAAAUCAUAGAUCUAUCCAGCACACAGUAAUCGCUGAAAUUGAUGAAAUAUUCGGCGAUUCUGAACGUCAAGCAGAUUUAGAUGAUUUGUCUAAGAUGCGGUAUUUGGAGAGAUGCAUCAAAGAGUCGCUGCGGUUGUAUCCGCCUGUUCCAGCCAUUGGUCGUUUAUUAAGCGAAGACGUCACAUUAAGUGGAUACGGGGUACCUGAGGGAACAUAUUGUCACAUUCAAUGUUUCGACUUACACCGUCGAGGUGACCUAUAUAAGGAUCCUUUGGUGUUUGAUCCUGACCGAUUCUUACCUGAAAACUGUUCAGACCGACAUCCUUACGCUUACAUACCUUUUAGUGCUGGACCAAGGAACUGCAUAGGACAAAAAUUCGCCAUUUUGGAGAUGAAGUCUGCGAUCUCAUCAUUACUGCGCCAUUAUGAGUUGCUUCCCGUAACAAAACCAGAAGAUUUAAAAUUCACAGCAGAUUUAGUAUUAAGAACAACAAACCCUGUUUAUGUUAAGUUUGUUAAGAAAGAAAAAAUAAAUAACAUAAGUACUAUAAAGAUUAUAUAAUGUUACUAAUUCCUACUUAAAUCCUCAUAAUGCCUGAUGAUAAAAUAUUAAACAGUAUAAAGUUGAA